CCCACAAGGCGCAGAGCGACAUGAACGCGGAUGCCGACGGUCAAGGCGGCGCUGUGCUCCCUGCGCAGUCUCGAGAGGGCAGUCCCGUGGCGUGUGACUUCGUCCCAUCGGUGCUGGGGACGCGAGAGCAUUGGGAUGCUGUUUAUGAGAGAGAACUGAGAACAUUCCAAGAAUAUGGAGAUACAGGAGAAAUCUGGUUUGGGGAAGAGAGUAUGAACCGACUUAUAAGGUGGAUGCAGAAACACAAGAUCCCAUUGGAUGCCUCAGUGCUUGAUAUUGGAACUGGAAAUGGUGUUUUCCUGGUUGAACUUGUGAAACAUGGUUUCUCUAAUGUAACUGGGAUUGAUUAUUCUCCUUCUGCAAUUAAGCUUUCUUCAAGCAUUCUAGAGAAGGAAGGACUAUCUAACAUUAACUUGAAGGUAGAAGACUUUUUGAAUCUUUCCACAAAGCUGUCUGGAUUUCAUGUUUGUGUUGACAAAGGGACUUUCGAUGCCAUAAGUCUUAAUCCUGACAAUGCAGUUGAGAAGAGGAAGCAAUAUGUGAUGUCUCUCUCCAGGGUGUUGGAAGUAAAAGGCUUUUUUCUAAUAACCUCCUGUAAUUGGACCAAGGCAGAGUUGCUAGAUGUGUUCAGUGAAGGAUUUGAGCUUUUUGAAGAGCUACCAACACCCAAGUUCAGCUUUGGAGGUAGAUCUGGAAACACUGUAGCAGCUUUGGUUUUUCAAAAAAGUGAGACUUCCUUGGACAAAGUCAGUUAGCUUUCUAGAAGAAACUGUACAGCACAGUGAACCCGAUAGAGAAGGGGCAAGUACGAGUAGUGCUUAGUAAGUACUUAGGAAGCACCAGGGCUGCGCAGAUUGAGUACAGGUAAUGGGGUGGUGGGAAACCACAAGCAUGGGAAUCACUAUUCAGAUAUCAACUAAGAAUAACUUAAAAUUGUAUUUUGUAUUUGACAUAUAAAUAUUUUUCUUGUAUUUUAUAGCAGUUUUCUGUAACUAUUAAACAGUUGAAAGCCUCAAGGCAGUAUGAAUUUACAGGAAGCAUAUAUUCUUGUUUUUUUGUGUGUUUAUAAAAGUAGAAUUGAAAAUGACUUUUAUGAAGAUUCGACCAAGCUCUUUCAAGACCAGAAUAGUUAAGAAUUUUCUUAUGUGUAAUAGACUAUGAAGUAUGUUAAGCAAUGCCAUUUUGUGAUGAUAACUUGGAGAGCUCCCUGAUUGUCAUGUUAUUAAGCAAAAUCAGAGAAAUUGAUGAAAUAUUUUUAUUUACUUAUUUAUUUUUGAGACAGUGUCUCGCGGUGUAGCUCUGGUUGUCCUAGAACUCAGAGAUCCACCAGCCUCUCCCUCCCCAGUGCUGAGAUUAAAGGUGUGAGUCACCACACUGGUAACUUUACCCUGUGGAGGAGAGAUGGGUAGUUUAAGGAGAUAGAAUAGUUCCAUGUUAACUAAUGAUGUUUUAUUAAAUCAUUGAGUCCUCCAGGUAUUUUCCCAAGGUUUUACUUGUUUAUGCAUAGGAGAGCUGCAGCCAAGAGUGAAGACACUUUUAAUGAUUCCUUUUUAUUUUUUUUACAUCCAUUGGUGUUUUGCUUGCAUGUAUGUCUGUGUGAGAGUGUCAGAUCCCCAGGAACUGGAGUUGCAGACAGUUGUGAGCUACCAUGUGAAUGCUUGGAAUUGAACUAGGAUCCUCUGGAAGAGCAGCUAGUGUUCUUUACCUCUGAACCAUCUUUUCAGCCACCCCCCAUAUUCUUAAUUUAAAAAGAAUUAUUUAAUGUGCAUUGGUGGUUUUGCCUGCAUAUAUGUAUGAGGGUAUCAGGUCUUGGAGUUAUAGACAGUUGUGAGUUUCCAUGUGGGUGCUGGGAAUUGAACCCAAGUCCUCUGGAUGAGGGCCAGUGUUCUUAACUGUUGAGCCAUCUCUCCAGCCCCUAAGUGAAGACACUUUUGCGAGGCCAGAUAGUACCUGGUGAAGCCAAGAUUCAUAGUUGGGUUUGGCUGACUUUAGAAUUCUUUUUCUAACAUAGUCUACUCCCAGGUGCUAAAUCUUUGUCUUUAUAGUAUCUAAGUCAGUGCUACAUACAAAAUUCAGGUGGACUCUUUUAGGAGCUGUGUAGCCCUUUGUUAGUGUUGAUCACUAACAACUGACUGACUAGUACUGGACUGUGGACUUUGAGAAUAGUGAGUUAGUCACCUGAGUCUCAUGACAUCCAUUAUUACUCUUUACUAUCUCUAUUUGUUUUUGAGGGACUGUCCUUUCCCAGGAACUGAAUUUUAUGCAAGGCAUGACACACCUGUAGUCUUAGCACUCAAGAGGCUAAGGUAGGAGGAGAAACUGGAGUUAAAAGGCUGGACUACACAGUGAAACCCCUUCUCAAAAAAAAAAAAAUUGCCAUGUCAACAUGAAGCCCUGAGUUCAGACCCCUUGCACCUGUGUAAAGUGCUGUGUGCGCAGUAUUGCUUAUGAUCUCAGUGCUGCUGAGCAGAGACCAGAGACCCUGAGGCGUGAUGGCCAGGCAGCCUAAGUGAAUCCGUUGGCUCCAGGUUCACUGACAAUAAAAUAAAUUCAUAAAAUAAGUCAUAAAUCAUAAAUUAAUAAAAUAAGUUCACAAAAAAUAAAGUUGAGGACAACUGAGAAAGAUUCCUUGUUUCGCAUUCAGGGUAGUGCCGGCACCUAAAGCAACUGCUGUCCCGACUGGCAUUGCAACUCCGCACCUACCAGCAGCAGUUCUGAUGCCUCACAGCCAGCUGGGAUAUCCAUUCCUCAGGCACCGGCUCUCUUAUGGCUUGAUCUAAACUCUUGAUCUAAAUCUCUGUUCUAAAGAACUCAGGAUUCAGUUUGUGGAGAAGUCCUGCUAGCUCAGAGAGACUGAGUAGCAAGUAGCUAAACUCCUCUCCUUCUUCAGGUCUCCUGAUAAAGGGCCAUCCUUCUGCUCAGCCCCCACCAAAGAACCCUCACUACACUUAGUUAACCAGGUUAAUUUUAUUUAAUCAAACAAAUGUGACAUAUCUGUGCAUCGUUUACAAAGGCAGAAGCAAAUAUAACACACCUUUAUAACUGAUAUUCCACAACAUACAUACCCGUGUGCAGUGCACACGUGCAAGCAUCCACACACAAAAGAAAAAUGAAAACUGAGUUUUGUCAUUUAUCUUUCUGUGCAAGGGGAUUGUCAGUUGUGUGAACUAAGAGGGAGAUAGAGACGAGGUACUCUUUCUAAGAGCUGGUUUAUCUGGAGGGCAUUUAUAUAUUGAAAAAGAUAAAGUGUAUGUAUCGUCUAUAUAUCUAGUAUUUAAGGAAACGGUAUUUGGGAUAAUAUUUUAGUAUUGAGUCUUAGUAUUUUUUUUUUUAAUUAUGUAAUUUUGGGAGUACUGGAAAGCAGUUAAGAGCACUUGUUGCUCCUGCAGAGUACCUGGGUUUUUUUUUUUUUUUUGGAUUUUCGAGACAGGGUUUCUCUGUAGCUCUUUUGGUUCCUGUCCUGGAACUAGCUCUUCUAGACCAGGCUGGUCUCGAACUCACAGAGAUCCGCCUGCCUUUGCCUCCCGAGUGCUGGGAUUAAAGGCAUGCGCCACCAACGCCCGGUUGAGUACCUGGGUUUUUACCCAAAACUCACGUGGUUCACACCAUCUGUUACUCCAGUUUGUAGGGGUCCAAUAUCUUCUCUUCUGGCCUCCUUGCACACCAGACAGGCAUGUAGUGUGCAAGCAUUCAUGUAGACAAAAUAUGCAUAUGUAAAAUAAAUUUUUAAAAGUUAUAUAACUUUUGAUGAUUUUCAGCUUUUUGGGAAUAUUGGAUUUCAAAACAUUUUUUUAAAUGGUAAAUAUUCUUUUAGUAUUUAGCCUACCUAGUUCAGCAUUAUAUGGUUUUUGUUCUGAGGGGUAGAGGAGGAGGACAAGCCUGUAACUUCUGUCAGCUUGACCAUUAAGGCUAUGAGUUCUCUUUUCAAUAUUUGGAGACAAUUAUAUAGACUUUGAAUAAAAAAUAUUGAUUUUGGAAUAGCUUUUAUUUUAGAAUGCAAAAUGUGAGAAAUUACUUUAAAAUAUGUACAAUUUAAGCUUUUAGAAAUUUUUUUUUAUGAGAUAUGGGAUCUUUUUAGUGUGCACUAACACACACAUGCAAGUACAUAGGCUACACAUGUGGAAGCCAAAGGAAGACUUUGAGUAUCUUUUUGUUGUUAUUUUUUUGGGACAAGAUCUCUCUACUUAGUCCUGGCUGUCUUAGAACUCACUUUGUAGACCAGGCUUUGAGCUCAGAUCCACUUGCCCCUGCCUCCUGAUCAGGUGCUGGGAUUAAAGGCGAGCGCCACCACACCCAGCCCAAGUAUCUUCUUAUAUUGCUGCUUUAUAUUGUCUUCCUUAUUUCCUUGGGGCAGGGUCUCCUACUGAACCUGAAGCUCAGUGUUUGAACUAGGUAGCUGGCCAGCAACCUCCAAGGACAUGCUUGUUUGCGUCUGCCAGCUCUGGAGCAUACACCCAUGGCUAACUUUUCCAUAGGUGUUGGGGAUUCAAGUUCACGCUUGCACAGCAUGCCUUCCCUAGGCAGAGGUCUUUAAACUGUAGAGUUGUAUUGUUUUAUAAUUUAUUGAGAUGGGUUUUAUUUUUUUAUAAAUAAAAGGUAUUCCAAAAUUGCCUUUGGUUUAAAAAAUAACAUUACUCUACAUGGUAAGUUCCAAUCGAGCUGGGACUAUUUAGUGAGAACUUGUCUAAAAUAAAUAAUUAAAUACAUAGAAGUAAGUACUCUUAGAAUUUUAAGAGGGUAAAUCUGAAGCAUAUACUAAGUAUCAGUCCAGUAGAUCACUUUCUGUUUGAGCACCUUGGCUCACAGUUAGCGUGGGAUGUGUCUGUUGUUGUUGAUUGAGUCCCUUUGUGGGGCAUGUUUGUUCUGUUUGCAAAGGUAGAGGUUUUUUCUUUUUUUUCUUUUUUUUAAAUAUUUAUUUAUUUAUUUAUUAUGUAUACAAUAUUCUUUCUGCGUGUAUGCCUGACGGCCAGAAGAGGGCACCAGACCUCAUUACAGAUGGUUGUGAGCCUCCAUGUGGUUGCUGGGAAUUCAACUCAGGACCUUUGAAAGAGCAGGCAAUGGCCGGGCGGUGGUGGCGCACGCCUUUAAUCCCAGCACUCGGGAGGCAGAGACAGGCGGAUCUCUGUGAGUUCGAGACCAGCCUGGUCUACAAGAGCUAGUUCCAGGACAGACUCCAAAACCACAGAGAAACCCUGUCUCAAAAAACCAAAAAAAAAAAA